GGACGAAGAGUGGGAGUUUACAAUUGAAUUAGCGCGCGGCCGGCCCACAACUGUGUUUUCCAUUAGCUGAAUGAUGACGGACUCAUUAGUUUUCAGAAAGGACAAAGUUGAAGAUUUUUAUGAUAUCGGUGAUGAAAUUGGGCGAGGACAGUUUGCCGUCGUUAAGAAAUGCGUGGAAAAGAGCACAAAUACAGAAUUUGCGGCCAAAUUUGUGAAGAAAAAACGGAGCUUAAGUUCGAGGCGAGGGGCUACGGCAGAGCAAAUCGCUUACGAGGCAGAGCUUCUUAGAAAGGUUCAACAUGAUGGGGUUAUUUAUCUUCACGACGCUUUCGAACGCACUGCGGAAUUCACUCUUGUCCUGGAACUAUUGAGUGGAGGAGAGUUAUUUGAGUUCUUGAUUGAACAAGACUACUUGACAGAAAAUGAAGCAAUGAGCUUUAUACAGCAAGUUGUGGAAGCAGUUGAUUACAUUCACAACCGUCACAUUGUACAUUUGGAUAUUAAGCCAGAGAACAUUGUGUUAAACAACAAAAAAGAGAAAAAAGUGAAGCUGAUUGAUUUUGGACUGGCAAGGAUUAUUCCACCUGGAGAUGUGGUGAAGGCUAUCAUAGGCACACCAGAGUUUGUAGCUCCUGAAGUCAUCAGCUAUGAACCAGUAGGAACACCAACAGAUAUGUGGGCAAUAGGAGUAUUGACCUAUAUACUGCUCUCUAGCGGGGCAUCCCCGUUCCUUGGAGAGGACCCUAAUGAAACAUUCGUUAACAUACAGAAUGUUGAAUAUAGAUUUGAUGAAAAAUAUUUUGCUGAUAUUAGCCCUCAGGCAAAAGAUUUUAUUAGUUCCCUUCUAAUUAAAAACUCAAGUGAUAGAUUAUCUGCAAGAGAUUGUUUGACACAUCCCUGGCUGAAGACGGACCUUGAAGUGGCUACGAAGAGAAAGAGUACCUUGAUCAAAACGGACACUUUUAAGGCAUUUCUGGCCAGGACACAAUGGAAGAAAUCCUUGAAGAAAGUGAUAGCUAUAAACAGACUAGCUGUUCUUGGAAAGAGGAGUGAUGCAUGUAGAGACUUGUUCCCUGAGGGCGAUAGCUGCUCAGACGCAUCAGACAGUGACACAGAAGGGCCCGAUCACAGUACUGAGAAGAGAACUACGCCAACGAAUUCAAAAUUGCUUGAGGAUAAAACAAACGCGGUUCUUCAUCUGAAUGACAGUGAACAGUUGAAAAGUUCAACUAUCGAUAGCACACCGAAAAACUCCUCGGAUGGUUGCUCUAAAAAGUAA